AUGGGGCCAGACAUCAGUAUUAUUUUGAAAGCUCUUCAGCUCACCCGGAGGCACAAAGCCGGAAAAGCCAACUUCCCCAAGGUUGGUCGGAAGCGCGGCCGCGACCCCCACAGCCUGGGGAAGGAGGUGCCCGAGGCUUCCGCCGCGCUCUGGGCUGGGGCGGGGUCACGGGGGGGCGGGGCCCUGUCGGGGCCGCGGGGCGGGGCAGCUCCGCCCGUCAGCACCCGUCCCUCUCCCGGCCCGCCCUCAGGCCGCGUCCCCGCCAGCCCUGCCGACGUGGCGGGGCGGGACCCGGCGGGCGCUCCCGCGCGCACUCGGCCGCCUGAGCGGGCUGGAGACAAAGCAGAAAGCACCAACAUGCCCAAUAGUGAUACCUUACCCAAAGAUGCAGAAGCUCACUGUGAUUCAGCUACGAUUUCAAAUGAGCUAACGCCAGCUGACCCCAGAGGAGAUGUGCGUGAAAAUGCGGCUGUUCAGGGUGCAGAGACUGCUGACACUGGACUCACUGAGCAGCCCAAAGACCCCGGUCCCGUGGAGCACCCCCCCAAUGGAGAAGUGACUGAGGAUGCCCUUGCUGAAUGCAUUGACUCCGUCAGCCUUGAGGGAGAACCUGGAUCUGAAAUACCCCUGAAAGAACAGAGUAAUCCGGCCGUGGAUUCCUCUCCACAUGGAGGGGGCUGGGCAGGCUGGGGCUCCUGGGGCAAAUCUCUGCUCUCAUCAGCAUCUGCCACAGUAGGUCAUGGGUUGACAGCCGUCAAGGAAAAAGCAGGGGCCACCCUCCGGAUUCAUAGUGUGAAUUCUGGCUCUUCCGAAGGGGCCCAACCUGAUACUGCAAAUGAAAUCCCUCAAAUAGCAGUUGCAGCCGCAGAUCAGAGGCCUGCAGAAAGCCCACCCACUUCUCCUUCAUCGGGGUCUCGGGGCAUGCUGUCAGCCAUCACCAAUGCGGUUCAGAACACAGGUAAAAGUGUCUUAACAGGUGGUCUUGAUGCUCUGGAAUUCAUUGGCAAGAAAACUAUGAAUGUCCUUGCAGAAAGUGACCCAGGUUUUAAGCGGACCAAGACACUCAUGGAGAGAACCGUUUCCUUAUCUCAGAUGUUGCGGGAAGCCAAGGAGAAGGAGAAGCAGAGGCUGGCACAGCAGCUCACGGCCGAGAGGACCGCACACUACGGGAUGCUGUUUGAUGAGUAUCAGGGUUUGUCACACCUGGAAGCCCUGGAAAUUCUGUCCAAUGAAAGCGAAAGCAAGGUUCAGUCAUUUUUAGCAUCACUUGAUGGAGAGAAGCUGGAAGUCUUAAAAAAUGACCUAAUUUCCAUUAAAGAUAUCUUUGCAGCCAAAGAAUUAGAGAAUGAAGAGAAUCAAGAAGUGGAAGGGAUAGAAGAAAAGGGAGAAGAAUUUGCUAGCAUGCUUACAGAGCUUCUCUUUGAAUUGCAUGUUGCGGCCACGCCUGACAAACUCAAUAAGGCCAUGAAAAAAGCUCAUGACUGGGUGGAAGAGGAUCAAACUGUGGUGCCAGUAGACGUGGCUGAAGAGUCAGAGGACAAAACAGAGAAGGAAGAAAAGGAAGAGAAACCUGAAAACCCCGAAGAAGACAAGAAGGAAGAAAGGAAAACUAAGACAGUCGAGGAAGCAUAUAUGCAGUCCAUCGAAAGCCUGGCAGAAGUAACAGCUCGCUGUAUUGAGCAGCUUCAUAAAGUAGCAGAAUUAAUUCUUCAUGGCCAAGAAGAGGAAAAACCAGCUCAGGACCAAGCAAAAGUUCUGAUAAAAUUAACUACUGCAAUGUGCAAGGAAGUGGCCUCCUUAUCAGAGAAGUUUACAAAUUCUUUAACCACUGUUGGGAGCAACAAGAAGGCUGAGGUCCUUAACCCCAUGAUCAAUAGUGUAUUGUUAGAGGGCUGCAAUAGCACCACAUACAUACAGGAUGCCUUCCAGCUGCUGCUGCCUGUCCUGCAGGUUUCACACAUCCAGACCAGUCGUUCCAAAGCACAGCCAUGACCUGGCCAGACUCCAUCUAGUUAAAGGAAACAGCAGGCCCUGUUGCUCUGAUAUAUACCAUUUCAUGGAAUGUUUUCGACACAUCUGACCACAGAUGCCUGUUUGGAGACACUACAAGCAAUUUUGCACAGACAGAUUGAGAAUGCAAGUUCAAAGACAAUAUCAUUUCUCUUAAUGUAUAUGGUUGUUUUUACAAGUAAUUAUGUUUCCUUUAUGUUAAUUUAAAUUUACAUGGCUUUGUAUUAAUAAUUUCCUUUAUCUGGAGUUCACUCAAAAUAUUCACUUCUAUUUUCCUGGUCAAGCAUGUUGUAUUUGGAAAUUCAUGGGCAGACCCAAGACUUUAAAUUUCCACUUUUAAAUUUCCCAUUUUUAUAGUAUGACUUAAAAUCAAUUCUUAUCCUAAACUUAGUUUUGUUAUAUUAAUGCCACCUUCAGAGAUAACACUACUCAUAGAUAUUACCUAUUACGGUGAAAGAGGAACGUAAGUAUCUGUUUAUAGUCAUGUAUUCUCAGAACAAGCAUUUAUUGAGCUCCUACUGUGUGCUCACAAUAGAGGAACAUGAUCUCACCCCAGUAUAGACAGAUAUUCUGAGAGAGGAUUUAUAAUAAUUCUUUAAAUGCUUUAAAAUACUACUAACUUUUCUAAACCCUAAAAAAUUUGAAGAACAAGGUAAAUUAGUGUUUUUUUUAAAUGUUCUACCCUUCAACUGAUUGUACUUUUUUAUCCCAAACUUUACAUAUGGGAUGAAAAUACAUAUGAAACGGGAUACUAAAGAAUAUUUUGUUUAAAAUUGAAUCCUUGUGACCAUAAGUACAUAAUAGCACAAUCAUAAAGCUUGUAAGUAUUCAGAUAGAAAAUUAAGGGAAUUACAACAGAGUAGACCCCCAGGACUGCAUUUUUAAAUCUACUACAGUUGAGUCAAGCUGUUCCAUGAAUACACAGAUCACACUCGCCAAUGGCAAAUGUAAUGAUUGCUUCUAAAGACAGAAAAUGCUGAUGUGUGGAUGACUAAAUGGUCACAAUCCAGGAGGCUGCACAGAAGACCCUGCGGCCAGGAGAGGCCUUGUCAAUGGGCAUUUCUCGCCCCGAGCCCCAGAUGGUCACUCUGGGGAGGGGUCCUGUACAAUGUUCCUAUCUGGGAGCCCCACUGACGUCCCUCCAGGUACUGUCACAAGGUGUCUUGCACAGUGGCUCUCUCCAGGCCAAAUGAAGCCUAUACUUUUGCCAGGGUGAAAAAAUCCCUCAUUCACUUUUGGUUUUAUUCCCCUGAUAGAGUUCCAUACAGGCAAAGUAGGGAUAUUUUCAUAUCAUCCUACUUCUCAGCAUUUUAGUUUCCAAUAUUCUGCAUUUCAUUUGUGUAUCUCCUGAAACAACGAAAUGGAAAAUAUAAGAAUUUAUAAUCUGGAAAAAAAUUCUCUGAGGAAUCAAUUAAAGCUGGGUUCUCCUA